AGGCUAACUACUAUGUCGCAACCAAGUUUUUGGACUUAUUGGAGCUAACGUGACUUGCACAUCUGAAUCUAGCUGUGGCUGCUGAGGAAAGACACGAAGAUGGCUGUGUCAGUGCGAGGCCUGUACUUUGUCACAACUCUAUUUUUGGGUAGUUUCUUUGGGAGUAUCUUCAUGCUGGGUCCAGUGCUGCCACUCCUGCUGUUGUCUCCUGCCUGGUACCGCUGGCUCACUGAUCGGAUCGUUGCUACCUGGCUCACCCUGCCUGUGUCGCUGCUGGAGCUGGUAUUUGGGGUGAAGGUGGUGAUUACAGGAGAUGGCUUUAUUCCUGGGGAGCGCAGCGUGAUCAUCAUGAACCACCGCACCCGUCUGGACUGGAUGUUUCUUUGGUGUUGUCUGCUCAGGUACAGCUACCUUCGUCUGGAAAAGGUCUGCCUCAAGGCUGCACUCAAGGCCGUCCCUGGCUUCGGGUGGGCAAUGCAGGUGGCCUGUUUCGUCUUUAUUCAGCGUCGUUGGGAGGUGGACAAAGAACAUUUGGAAAACAUGCUGGACUACUUUUGUGACAUCAGGGAGCCCCUGCAGCUGUUACUGUUUCCCGAGGGCACAGACCUCACUGAAAAUACACGAGCGAAGAGCGAUGCGUUUGCUGUAAAGAACAAUUUGCCAAAGAUGGAGUAUGUUCUUCAUCCUCGCACCACCGGAUUCACCUUCAUUGUGAACCGACUACGAAAAGGUGAUAACUUGGAUGCCGUCCAUGACAUCACAGUGGCAUACCCCAAGAACAUCCCUCAGACAGAACGCCACCUCAUAAUGGGACAAUUCCCCCGUGAAAUCCACUUUCAUGUCCGCCGCUAUCCAGUCUCUGCUCUCCCAACCUCAUCUUCUGACUUAGAGUCUUGGUGUCAGCAACGUUGGGCUGAGAAAGAGAUCCGUCUGCGGGACUUCUACUCAGGCCAGCCCAGAGCCUUUGACAGGGACGGUGUUGCACGUGUGCCACCUUGUAAGUCGGAGCUGCGAGUGGCUCUGAUCAAAGCUGCCUCGCUGCUGUACUGGAGCAGCUUCAUUGCUCUGUGUUUCACUGGCCUGUGGCUCUGGGGCUCUUUCAGGCUCUUUGCUCUGGUUAUGAUUGGAGUUUACAUGGCCCAGCUGAAGCUGUUUGGUGGGCUGGAACUGCUGGAGAUGGCUUGCCAUCGAUAUUGGAGGUCCAUGGGUGCAGAUGGGCGUGAGAAAAACAAGGUGCUAGAUGGAAAGAUACAGUAGAAAUGAAAAACUGUUAUGACUGUAAAACAUAUUUGCACUUAAAACCAGCAAGGACACUUGGUAGAUUUGGUCUGUUGUGUUUUGUAUGAGGCUUAUGGGCUCUUUUUGAGAAAAUGAAGAAGUCGCAUCUUAGUGAGUAA